AGCUCCUAUAGAUAAGUCCCAGUUGAAGCUCCGUUAAAGAAGUCUCAGUUGAAGUUCCUGUAGAGAAGUCCCAAUUGAAGCUCCUGUAGAGAAGUCCCAGUUGAAGCUCCUGUAGAGAAGUCCCAGUUGAAGCUCCUGUAGAGAAGUCCCAGUUAACGCUCGUGUAGAGAAGUCCCAGUUAACACUCCUGUAGAGAAGUCCCAGUUAAAGCUCCCUUAGAGAAGUCCCAGUUGAAGCUCCUGUAGAGAAGUCCUAGUUGAAGCUCCUGUAGAGAAGUCCCAGUUGAAGCUCCUGUAGAGAAGUCCCAGUUGAAGCUCCUGUAGAGAAGUCCCAGUUGAAGCUCUUGUAGAGAAGUCCCAGUUGAAGCUCCUGUAGAGAAGUCCCAGUUAACGCUCCUGUAGAAAAGUCCCAGUUGAAGGUCCCUUAGAGAAGUCCCAGUUGAAGCUCCUGUAGGGAGGGUUGUCCUUAUCCUUCAUAUAAAAAGGAUAGCAUAACACUACUAUGUAUCUAAGCUUGGUAUUAAUAAGAAAAAAAAACAUGUAUAUUCAGAUUAAUAACGACAAUAACACAGGAAAAAAAAGGGGAGAGAGAAGUAGUGAAAAUAAGAGAGUCAUAGGAGAAAGCUCUGACGUUUUCUAUGAUGCAGGAGGUGGCGUUGGUGUUUGUUGUGAUGGUCAAGUAACGCCAGCUGAUCCCUCAGCUGUCUGCUGCUGCUGCAUUACAGCAUGAGGAACCUCUCUCUACUGGCGUUAUACACACAUGUAGUCGGUUGUAGUGUGAGCUUGGUUCCAGAGGUGAGUCAGGAGGGGCUCCUGCAGCCGUACAACACCUAUGCUGAUGUAACACUCUUCCAUUUUCACAUUCCUGAUGAGGUGACCAGAGUAACAUGGGAGUUUGCUGCCUUUAUGGAUGAUCCAGGAUGUCCAGUAAGAGAAGUCCAUGUAUUUGUUCAGCAUGGGAGUUAUCCAGUUAUCAAUGAAAACAAUGCAACUCUAAAAGAUUAUAUGUACACUAGUCGAUCAGCAGUAUACAAGAUUAGUACCAAAUCAGCAUACCAACCCCAUGAUGCAACAGUUCUUCCUGUUUAUAAUCCACUUCCAGGAAGCUGGUUCGCUGCUGCUUAUAUACCAAACUGGAACGAACAGAUGCAACAAGAGGGCAUUAUACAUAAAUGUCGUUACAGCUUAGGAUCCAUUGCAAUGUGGAGUCAGAAAGACCACGUACAAACCCUUAACAUUGGCAUAACGCAGUCAGUUAGAACAAGUGAAAACCUUUCCUACUACAGGUUCUAUGUCCCCUCCCAUACAUGGUAUUUAGAAGUCAAUGUCUCAAAUUGCCACAUGCUUGAACAAAUUAUAAACCGUGAUACAGGAGAACGUCUUUUUCGUUGGUGCUUGCGAUCCCUUGCCCUUAGUGCCAGAUCUCUUCCAGCAUAUAACCCAGAUGGUGGAGUAUCCAAUAUCACCCAAGGAGGAAGUCAUAUUUUUAAAGAAGCGAGACCCUAUUCUGAUGGUUAUUACUAUCUCUUGGUUGUAACUGAAGGGGAGACUGGUAUAGAUAUUACAAUUCGCACCAAAGAAUGCGGUAGUGCCUUCAAGAAGUUAAGGCCACACAUUCGAGAUGUAAAAACAUCUGAAUAUACCGAGGUAUCAUCUAAACAAGAGAUGGAGUUUGUUGGAACAGCUACACCUAUAAAUAUCACUGUGUCAGUCUCAGCUAGUGAAGAUUAUAGUAACACACAACAAGAACCAUCAAAGGUUUUAGACUGGGAAGAAGUGUGGCCUAAUAUCACUAAUGAAUCUCCACUUAUCUUGUCUCACAUUACUGAUGAGCCUUUGCCACUGGAUGUUGACCUUACUGCAGAGAGUCAUCGGUGUUAUCCUUUGUUGCCACUUGCUCGGAUCAAGCAUGCCAGUGAUUUUACCGAUACAUUUUUGAUACAGGGGCCAGAAUGGUAUAGUACAUGGUUGUCAGUUCAGAAAGACUUGCCUGUCUUCACAUAUCUAAAGCUUCUGCCCUUCACAGACAUUGGUGGAACUUUGAGUAUCAAUUUACUCAUGGAUGAGCUGCUGAUGAAUGCAACCCGUGAGCUUAUAACAGUUGUGGGAUGUGUAAGAAAAGGUCGCCCUCCAGAGGUUAGAAAUGGCCUUGUUGUGUGUGAGGAAGAGCAGCUCGCCCUCAAUAUCACUUCCUCCUCUAGAGCCAGCGUAGAAGACUUUAUACUUAUACCAUUUCCAGAACCUGAUAUGUGGUUUUUGGCUCUUCAGAGUAUUUGUUACUACAAUGGGCAGAAGACUCCAUGCACUAUAGAACAAGUGAUGGUUAGCAUUGACAUCCGCACUCAGCCAUGCGUAUUUGCAGGUGAAAGUCCAUGUGGUAAUCAUGGUUUGUGCCAAGAGACCCACCGUGGUAUGUUCUUCUUUACUAGUUGUGUUUGUACAGCUGGUUGGCAAGGGUGGGGCUGUGAAGAUGGACAAGCAGCUCAGGGCUGGAAUACUGUGCUCACUGGCCUCUGUUUGCUUACCAUUAGCAACAUUUUCUUUUUGCCUCCAACUAUUAUAGCUGCACGUAGACACCUAUACUCACAAGCUCUUUUAUUCACAGCCACCAUGAUAGCUUCUGUAUUCUACCAUGCUUGUGACAAUGAGGUAGUUUCAUAUUGUGUGACUAAAUAUGAGGUGUUGCAGUUUACAGACUUCUUCUUCUCACUACUUUGCUUCUGGGUCACAGUUGUUGGCCUUGGAGGCAUAGAUGAAGCCUAUUGUCCACUCUUGCAUACUUUGGGAGUUGUUAUUAUUGCUCCAUCCGUCCAGAACAGCCGCACAGCUCUCGCAUCAUUUACUCUACCCAUGGCUUUUGCAACUGCUGUACCACUGUGCCAUAUUUUGUAUCAGCGGUGCCGCAAGGGUGCCUGGCCAUCUGUUCAGCCAAGACAAUUGCUGUCUCGAGUUGUUGGCAUAAGUCUUGCACUUGUGGGCCUUUUCAUGUUUGCCUUGAUACAGACCAAGGAUAACUAUAAAUAUGUACACAGCUGUUGGCAUGUUGUCAUCGCACUUUCUCUUGUCUUCCUACUUCCGUCCCGCAGCCCAUCUGACCAAAGCUACAAAGUGCCCAGCUCGGUGAUAACACACUUGGCUCCUAUAACUAGCGAUGAUGCUGAAUUAAUUGAUGUUGGGGAAACAACAGUAGAUUAUACAGCAUCAUCUCCUGUCUUCCAUGUUACCUCAGAUGUUGACUUUCUAUUAACUGAUAAUGAAGAGGACUAUUACAAUUUAGAUAAGAAUACUCAGUAGCUUUAAAUAUCUUUCAUGAAAAUAUUUUUUUUUAUAGGUUGAUGUUUCAAGCUAAUAAAAAAAAUCAUAAAUGAUAAUACAGUUCAAGAAAAAGUUUGUAAUUUUUAUAGUUCUGAAAGUGUAUUUCUUAACUUUGUCAGUGCUGUAUGUACAAUAAUUAUAUUUUUUAUACUAUUUUAUGGUGCAAAACUAAUGCAUGCUUAGAUGCAUCAUCUUUUUAAAUGUAGUGAAAUAUUUAUUAGUGAGUGUGAAUGAGACUAUUUGGUCUAUCUGUAUGUUAGUAUGUUUCUUAGUUUUAUAAAAAAUGAAUGAAACUGGUCUGUCUGUAUUUGUUCUCAGUUAUAUAUUAAAUGACAUAAAGGAGAGAAUGGAUGAGAUAAUUUAAGAAGAGGGGAGGUAUGUGAGGGAGAGUGAGCAAGUGAUCUCAUGUAGUGUGCGGCAUUACAGGAAUAGAGCUGUUAUUAUAGUUUGUAAUUGUCUUUGUGUGUGCACUUUUAUUAUCUAUAUCUGUAAGAAUGAUUUUAUUACAAUUUCUGGUGAAGCCCCUCAGUAGCUAGGAGCUAGGCCUCUUAGAUCCACACUGCACUAGAGAAGGCCAGGACUAGCAUCUGGCUAGGCCUGGUGGUAAGGGGAGCUAGUCCAUGAGGUGAGGGGAACUGAGUGGUCACAACACUGCACUACAGAAGGCCAGGACUAGCAUCAGGCUCUCCAUGAGGUGAGGGGAGCUGAGUGAUCACAAGUGGCGUGAUGCUCAGGUAAGCAAAUGACACGGAUAAGAUCUUUUGAUGAAGCUGAAGUAUGAAAUAUUAAAAAAAAAAAAAAAAAUUUAUUAAUUCAUCUUACUUAUAAAAUAGGAAGUAGUAACAAAAUAUUAUUUUAACUUACAAUUUUUAAACAUUGUUUAGUGAAAUUUUUCUUGGCUUAUGAACAAAAUUGUAAGUGUGCACAGUAUCGCAUCAUUUAACGUCAAAUAAUUAUCUUAAGUUGAGUGUUGUCAUAGUGAUGCUAUCUCUUUCAAAAUGAAAUCUAACAUUUAAAAACUUUAUACUGUAUCAUUAUUAUUUUAUUAUAUUAUUCAAAAAUGAUAAUGUCAUCAUUCAAGCACUUACCAAUAAAAUAGCUUGGCUAGGUUGAUUGUGUGUAUUUGUGUGUGUAAUUAUGUAAGUGCAAUUACUACAGUACUAUGAUAACGAGUUUAAUAGUCUACAAAACUGUGAAACAGAAAAAGAUUAGAUAUUUAUUUACAUAUAUGAAUUUAUAAUAGAAUUUAAUGAACUGGUAAUGCUACAGUGCUGCCGGCAGCAUUAGUAGUAGUAGUAGUAGGUUAGGGGGCACCUGGGACAAUACUAUGUUUACGUUGUCCAAAUCUCUAGCAGAAUUAAUUAUAUUCAGUGAUGAUGAUAAAUGUUGUUGGAGGAGGGGAAUUCUAGCAUCAGCAUGCUUUCUGCAAAAUAUUAAGAUUGAUCUGAACCUUAAUACUGUAUAUGGUUUUGGAAAAAUGGAGUAAUGCGAGUUAAAUUACUGUAACUGUUUUCAUUGUACAUCUGGCAUUGGCAUUUCACUUUAUUCUGGAAAGGGACGGAACUAGGUUACUGCAAAUGGAAUGUUGCGUAUUUGAGAGAGAGAUUUUCAAGCAGUAAAUGCCACUUGAAAAUCUGAGAAAAAAUGCAGAAUGAUAUGUAUAUACUGUAAUUGAAAUUUAUAAUAUUUUAACUAAAUAUUAUAAAUUUAUAUUAAUAAAUUAAAUAAUAUUUUUAACUAAAUAUUAAUAAUUUAUAUUUUAAUUGGACAGGAAUAAUUUUGAUAGAGUAAGCAAUGCUUACCUUGCUUCAUAGGAACACACACACCACUGGUGAUCACAGAUCAUCCCAUACCUGAGGAAAGCUAACCAAAAAGAUCGUGCUAAACUAAUUAAACAAUUCAUUGCAGAUAAUUAAAAAGAUAAAAACAUGGCAAAUUAUAAUUUUCUGUGGGUGAACAACUCUACCCCUAACUUGUGUCUCUGCCAACAAAUGGCUCUCCAGUGCAUCUGGAGUCCCAACCCUCCUGCUAACUCACUCAGUUGGUACUGCAUGGAUCAGUUUGCUUCUGCUGGGACUCGUAAGCAAUUUCUUGGCACAGAUAGGAGCUGGUCACUAUAGUUGUCACUUGUUGUUGUUGAUUUAGGGGCGACGACGACCAAGGGAUUGGAUGCGCCCCGGCUGCCUGAUACCGGGAAAUAGCAAAGUGGGAUGGGGUCCCUACAGUCUCUUCAGGCCACAGACCCCACAAUCUCCUCAGGCCACAUACUUUACAGUCUCUUCAGGCCACAUAGUUGUCACUUUCAAUCCAUGCAUGGCUAUUUCCUUGUUUUUAUUGUUCUUUCCUUUUCAUACUUGUGUUUUGUACCACUAUCAUUCAUAUUCCCAGUACAGAACAGCAUAACAUUUUGCCUUGUCUUUGGUCCUGGAUUAUCAAUUUAUCCUCCUUAUCAAUUUUGUUGAUUCAUGUUACUAUUUUGUACUUAGUGAUCAUAUCACCUCUUUUUCUUCUAUCUUUUACUUUUGGCAUAUCUAAUGCCUCUAACCUCUCCUCAUAACUCUUGUCUUUCAGUUCUGGAAGCCA